AUGGCCGCCGCCGCGGAGUCCCGUAUCGCGAAGCUCGCCUCGAAGCUCUACGACGCCUGUGCAGACACCUUUGACCCGGAUACCUUAUUCUACCAACCCGAUCUCCUUGACUUAGAAGUCGUCCCUAAGGGUGAUGUUGCGCUACUCCUCCAGUGCACCCAGUCUCUGGUCGAUCAGAAACUGUUCCGGCUCCACCAGAGCCAGAACCGCAUCGGAUGGAAAGUAAUUGCCCGUGAAGAUGCUGAAAAACUCUCAAGCCUGAACCCCGACGAGGCCUUGGUUUAUAAUGUCGUCCACUCGACUGGACGUUCCGGCGUCUGGGUGCGCAAUAUCCAAAACCGUACCAACCUGCAUAAAUCAAUCCUCGACCGCUGCCUGAAAUCGCUCGAAGGCAAAAACUACAUCAAAAGCAUUCACAAUGUCAAAGCCCCCAACCGGAAGAUGUACAUGCUGUCCGGCCUGGCACCAAAUGAGGACGUUACUGGAGGCGCCUGGUUCACAGAUGGUGUCCUCGACACUAAUUUUAUCAACACUGUGGCAGGCUUCAUCGAGUACACUGUUAGCCGAAAGAGCUGGUACGAAGUAGCCGCCGAUCGUGAUCGCGGCCGCAGCGCCAAGCGAGUCAAAACCGCCACCGGAAAAGCAGAAGUGAACGGCGAACCCACAAAGCGCACCUUCAUCCCCUACCCCAUGAACUACAAGGGCUACCCAUCCGUGGAAGACAUCACUCGAGCCGUGAACGAGAGCGGUAUCACUCCUGUCCAACUCCACGGCGAGAGUAUCAUCCAAUUACUUCAGAUGCUCUGCUACGACAAAAAGCUCGUCUCUCUCGGCGAGGGCCGCUCCUACAAAUCCCCCGAAAGCCCCCCCGGCGAAGGUGGCGACCCUGCACCUCUCGAUAUUCUCGGCAAGAAUGGCAUGACUGAAUCGCCCUGCGGACCCUGCCCGAACUUCAAGCUGUGCUCCCCCGGCGCCGCCAUCAGCCCCGAAACCUGUGAAUAUUUCGACCCUUGGAAGGAGAAGGUUCUCGGGUUCUGA